AUGGUAUUUUUGGAAGGAGAAAGUGGAGAUGCGCAGCCAGUAUCUAUAGAAGCUAUACAAGAUGGAAAAAUAACCAAUCCUUUAUCAUUAGAAAUUUUCCGCAUAACCAAGGAUGCUCAACAGCAGCAUGGACUUCGUCAUGGAGACUACCAGAGAUACCGCGGUUAUUGCUCUCGCCGCAUUCGCCGUUUACGUAAAGUCCUUAAAAUUCCCCAGGGUGAUAGACGUCAUUACCGCCGACGCGAUGUGACUUCGUCGCAUCUGACGGCUAAUAAUGCGGAGAACCGUUUGCUUUGUGUGCCAUUACUACAAGCUGAACGAGCCUGGGCCCAUGCCAUGCAACUGCGACAAGAGGCCAACACUGAACCCAGAAAGAAGUUUCACCUUGUCUCUCGUUUAAAAAAAGCAUGCGCUCAUGCGCAUUUGCUUUUGCAACUUUGUGAGCAAAGUGGAGCUUGCAACGCUCGCACGCAGUUAGAAGCCGGCGCGUACGCGGCGUGGCUAAGCGGCGUGCUGUUGAUAGAGCUGCAACAAUGGCGGCCCGCGGCAGAGAGCCUGCAAAGGGCUCAAAUUGUAUUGGAGAAAUUAAGUGCUGCCUUACCAGAGGAAGAGCGAGUUGUGUAUAAACAGAAGGUGGAUGAAUUAAAACCUAGCCUGCGUUACUGCGCCUACAACAUCGGCGACGAGUCCGCCGCGGGCGACCUCCUAGCGAUGCGCGGACAGGGUCUCAUUGAGAAUUUAGACACUCUCAUGGCUCAAGCUAAAGAGUCUCGUUCAGGAGUGAUGCACGAAGUAGAAUGGCGCGGUCGCCGCGUCACCGUGCGGCCUGAGAAAGUGCGUCUGUUCCUCAUAGCUCUUCAGGACCUCGAGAAGUCUGUAGCAGGCGCACCCAACGUGCAAGCUAAGAUCGACAUCCUCGAAAACACUCUAAUGGACUGCAAAGACGCCAUAUCCGCUCUAAAGGAUGAAAUUAAAAACGAUCCCAAAUUAAAGUUGCAAUCGGAAACUCAGCCGACAUCGGGAAUUAAUUAUUUGCUGUCGUACUUGAUGUAUCUACGUCUCGUGCGUACCAUAGAGAGAAACAACUUGCUUGUACAGCAGGCGGAGGAGGCGCGCAAGAAUAACAUACCAAUCGAUGGUAAGAAAGUACGUCCCCAAGACCUCACCCGGCUGUAUGAAAUCAUCCUGCAGAAUUAUACUGAACUGCAACAACUGCCUGGGUUUGAAACUGACGCCACUUAUCAGAAAGAAAUCGAGAUAGAACUAAAAGCCUAUAGAGCUUUCCGAUGCUAUUACAUAGCGCAAGUGUUGACUACCCUGCGACGUUUUAGAGAGGCUCUAGCUAUGUUAGAACGCUGCAGUACUUACACGAGCGAAUCACUCGCCAGCAAAUUGGCGGACAAACAAUUGAUAAAUAAAUUAAAGACAUUGCAAAAAGAUAUCGAAAGUUGUAAGUUUGAAGUUCAUGCCGACUCGGUGCUAGAGGAUGACGAUGAGGAAGACACUAAAUAUACAAGUGGUAGGUCUUAUAAGGACAAGAAACCCCUUGUCGACCGUCUGGAUGAUUAUCGUGAAGAAAGUCAAGUUUUAACGAAGAACCCUAACAUAUUUAAAAUGCCCCCACCAAUGGAAGCCGUUCCGUGCAAACCGUUGUUCUUUGACCUGGCGUGUAACUUCAUAGAGUUUCCCAAUUUGGACGAUAAAACUGGUGCAGCAAAUAGCAAGAAGCAAGGCGCAGGCAUCACUGGACUUGUCAAGGGUUUCCUGGGAUGGGGGAAAAGUGACAAG